AAAAAAAAUUCUACAUUUACAUAGCGCUAAUACAUAUAUUUUGAAUUUGUAACAAGUGCGUGUCGUCGUGUUCGAAUCGUGCGUGAGUAAGCCCCGUGAGCAGCAGCGUAUAUGUAUUGUAUAGUGUAUUUGUGUGAGUGAGUGCGAGUGUGUGCGAGCGAGACAGCUUACAAUUGUAUAUAAUUGUUUGUUUUGGCAAGUGAGAUGGAACGACGACGACGCGGGCCUUCUCCUUCCUCAACUCGUGUUUGUUAAACAAAUAACGGAAAACCAAAUACACAAGGCAAAACGCUCAGUUUCUCUGUUUCACGACGAACCAAAAAUGUUAAGUACAAUCUUACGUUGCUAUAAAUGAGAAAGGAUCAAGAUCAAACGAAAAGGAUGUUGAUUGAGUGCAUUUCGCGCGACAUUCCCUGAGCACAGAACAGAUACAAAAAGAAAAGUAAAGAAAAGAAAGAAAAACCCUCCGAAGUAACCACAAAAAAAUAAAAGAAUCAAUCAAACAUAGAGAAAAUCUCAGCGCAAAACCCACCAAAAAUCAAAUAGGAUAUAGAAGAAAGCGAGUGAGACUGAGAGAGAGAGAGGGACAGCAAAUGAACUUCAAUCCGGCCAGUGUUGUAGCCGCCGCAGCAGCAGCCGCCCAUAGUGCACCCUACACAACGCAUCAUCAUCAUCAUAGUCAUCAUCCACAUCUCCAUAAUCACAUAAUUCCACUGCCCAGCUACAGCAGCCAGCCGGCAAUUGUGGUGGGUGUGGGGGGCAGUGGAGGAGGAAGCGGUGGUGGUGGUGCUGACAGUGGAGGAGACGGCGGAGGCGGUUCUGGAGCUAGUGCCGGCGACAGUUCACCCAAAAUCAUGGAAUGGACCAAUGAUGAUGCCUUGGAACUUAUCGAACAGUAUCGUUGUCAUACAGAAUUAUGGAAUCGAGCCGAUCCCAAAUAUAAGGAUAAACUGUGUCGAUUUCGUGCUUGGUCGGAGAUCGCCGAACGUUUCGGCUGCAGUAAGGCCGAAGUGGAGCGUAAAAUGAAUGUCCUUCUCACGCAGUACCGUCGCGAGAAGCAUAAGAUGUUUGUGAAAAUCUAUCAGGGCAUUCAGCCAAAUCCGUCCAAGUGGUAUGCCUUCAAGCGGUUCGAUUUCAUGGAGGCCGGCGGCGGUAGUCUAAGCGGAGUCGUUGUUGGCGGUUCAAGUGGCGGCGGCAACGGCAGUGGAGUUGGCGGUGGUUCCUCUGGUCCAAAUAUUGUGACCAAUCCCGUUUCUACAUCCUCACAUAACGGUCUCAACGGCCUGGCAGCUGCUGCCGUUGCGGCUGCGGCCUAUGAGAACAGUACAAUUGCAGCGGCUGCAAAUGGUGGUGCACCCAUUGGUAUUGGUGGAGUUGGUGCCACAAAUGCAGCCACAUCGACACAACAACAACAACAACAGCCCGCCAUCCACAGUAGACGCAUGAAGACCAAAGAGCUGAAAUAUUUUGGAGCGAUGGGACUCAGCAUACCCAUGCUGAUAGCAGGCGGCCAGACAUUGGACAGUUGGAAUACAACGGGUCAAUACUCACCACCGAUAGGAGGAGGAAGUGGUGGAAGCGGCGGCGGUGGCGGUGGUGGAGGCGGAUCGGCAACAGGAAGCGAUCGUGGUGGCUCCUCCUCCCAGCAACAACAACAACAACAACAACUGAGAGUUCCCCUGCCCAUGACGUACGGCAAUGCGGCAAGUACUCCAUAUCCUGGUGGCAGCGGAGGAGGCGGGGGCAGCAGUAGCAGUGAAUUCCAACCAAGUCCACACAAGACCAUGGAUACCUCCGAUAAUGAGGAUACAAGUAUAAAAGAAGAUGCGGCAGCUGCAGCGGCUUUAGGUCAUUUGGAAGCCAAAGUAGAACGUCGUUCGCCCAUCAAUAAUAAUAUCGAAAGAAUUGGUGGUGGCGCAACAGGAGAUGCUGUGAUUGGCGGCGGGGAGAGGGGAGUGGGAGGUGGUUCAGCCGGUGGUGGCAGCAGCCAUGAGCCCAAUGAUUUACCUGCGCUAAGUGAGGCCGGCUCUAGUCCUAUACCCAACACGAAUAUGCAUGAGGCCCAUAAGAAUCAUUUAAAUCUCUCCUCCUCGAGUCCAGGACGUGGCGGACGUUCCUCGACGCCGCGACAGGCGCACGAGCAGCUCCAUCAUCAUCAUCAUACGCCGCAUCAUCAUUCGCAUCAUUUGGGCCAACGCCAAGAUGAUAUGGACAUCAAACAAGAGCUAGUAGACUAUUUCCAUGCACCAAAUGUCACUGGGCCGGCACCGCCCCCACCGCCCGAAUCCCAUCUCUCUUACAGUUCAGCUGGCGAGGAGCGGGACAUGGCCCAGGAUUUGAGAGUGGCCCAGGCUAAGGCGAAUUUCGUAAAUGCCUUUGCCUUGCCCCCAUCAUCCGCCUCGGUUACAUCGGCAGCCUCCGGAGCAGCAACGGCUGCCAUGCCAUUGAAUAUGCGUAAAUUGACAGCGGCCACAAGUGCUGGCCACAUGUUGAUGACUUCCCUGCUCAACUCCCGAGAGAGUGUGUCCGAUGGCGACAAUGAUAACGAUGAUUUAAUGAACGAUGAGGCAACCGAAUCGGCUGCCAGUCCUGGCCACAUCAAGAGCAGUGUAUCCGCCCAGGAUGCCAGAGCUGCGGCAGCGGCUCUCUAUGCCGAAAGUCUUCAACGGGAUGAUUGUGAUUUCAUUGGUUCGAAUGUCUCGAUGAAAUUACGCACCAUGGAUCGAACGCAACGGAUCAUUGCUGAGAAAUUGAUCAGCGAGGUGCUCUACUAUGGCCAAUUCAAUGAGCUGGAACGAACGGCACGCAUCCAGCCCAAGUGACAACAGUGGCGCCUCAGAAAGUGGACAGCAGCAGCAGCAGCAACAGCCGCAGGAACAGCAACAACAUCAUCAUCUGGAAUGGGCAUAGGGGCUAGGGGGGGAUUGGGAUUGGGUGUGGGAAUGAUGGGUAUCGGCAGGGGUGCAAUUGGGGCAACAGGUGGCAGUGGUCUAGCAUUGGCUUGGCAUCUGGCAAACAACAAACGCAACGAAAUUCCAUUGUAAAAACAUACACAAAACAAAAACAACAAAAAAGAAUAGUCAAGAAAAGCAAAAAUCAAACAGUACAAUUUACUUUUAGUGUUUUUCAAUACACACAUUUACACACACACACACACAAACACAGUCACAAACACACUCACACACACACGUUGUACAAAAGCCAUUGGAUGGAGACAGUCGCAGGGGCAGUGUUACUUACAUGAGACAAAAAUCACAGUUAAAGUACUUAGAAUGAGGUGGAAAUGUUAAAAGUCCUAUCGUUUAUCGCUAGAUUUGCAUUUUUAUCGAUAUUUGAGUUCGAUAUUGGAAAGAAAGCACUUUAAAUGCAUUCACAAUAUCAAAUUUCUUGAUAAUUACUGGUUAAUUCGAUACACAUUUCAAUAUUUUUAACGAUUCUUCAGUUGGAAAGCCUUGUAAGAAAGUUAUCGCUCUUUUCGAUAAAUUUACGGGUCUUUUUUAAAUUUCUAUCGAUCUUUCGAUUUUGCCAUUGCAAAACCUUUUAGAAAAGUUUUCCGUUACAAAAGUCAAAAACAUAUUUCCAAAUAUUAAGAGAACUUUCGAUUGAUUUGUCUGCUUUUUAGUUAGUAAAAUUAUUGAAAGUCAUCAUUAGGCCAAUCGAUUUUAUCGAUAUAAAUAACUAAAUAACUAUUAAUUAUGAAUUUUUGAAUGUCAGAGGGUUUUUUAUGAUUUUUUUCUUCAACUUUAAUCGAUCUUAAGCACGUUUUCUUCGAUACAUACUUAUCGUCCAUCGUAAUUUUUUGACUUCUUGAGUUAGCGGUUAUUCCAUAUUUAUCACUGUAUACCUUGUAGGAAUUUCCCUGCAUUAGAUUCGAAACUUGAGACUUUCCAUCUCGAAAACAAACCAAAACCAAAGUUACUUUCUAUUCUGAAUACAUACGAAAAACAAAAGUAAAACCACAGUUUAAACUUCAAUAUUACCAUAAAAAUACAAUACAUAAAUAGCUAAUACUACAUACAUACUAUAUAGAGUUAGUGUGGAUUAGUAAGGGGGUCGUUCGUCCUAUACCUGAGAGACAUCUAAAAUGGCAAGAAUCUCAGUAUUACUUAUAAAAUACAGUUUAUACAUACAUACUACUAAAAAACAAAAAAACAAAAUAUACCUAGCAAACACAAAAAAUACAUACCGACAAAAUACAUAUAGCUUUGCAGAUUCUUCAAAAACUAAACAACCGAUUUAAAUCAAAGUCAUUUCCAUGAUAAUCGAAAUUAUUAAAUAAAGAAACUAUUAAAGCUAAUAUUGAAUAAUCUGCAAGGAUAUUGAAACAAAACCAUUUUAAAGAAAUAGUUGAAUUAAAUAUAAAAAAAAGAAAAAACCAAUACUAAUAAUAAUAAAACAGGGAAAAGGCAUUAUGAAAAAUGCAUUUGCCAUGAUUUCCAAGACCUCUCACCCCACUACUCAUGUCCACCAAGGAAAAUGUUCUAGUUUAUUAGCUAAUCCAAACGGCCUAUCUCCGUUUUGUAAGCUCAGACUCUGCGCAAGGGCUCCACGUUGGGCGCCAAAAAAAAGAAAUGAAAGAUAAAUUAAAAGAUUAGCUCAAGUAUGUUUUGUAUAAAUACCAAGAACUUUUUAAACAGAAAGAGAAAUCAAUCAAUGUACCUUAUUUAAUAAACCAAUAGAAAAAUUAAUUUUUCUAGUAAAAGAAAGAGAGAAGCAACAAACAGAAACGAAUUUUUAUGUUGUCAUUUCUCUCCCUCUUGCUCUUAGUCACUUAAGUCUGGUCGUCAUCAAUCCCAACCAACGGCAACUGAAACCAACCAACAAGAAAGAAAGCAA